AUGCAGAAUUAAGAAAACUAAAUAAAAAUUAUUAAAAGUAUAGGGAAGGGUAGCUACGGCGAAGUUUUUCUUUGCGAGGAUCAGCUUGGACAUAAAAUAGCACUAAAAGCAAUUAAAAGAAAUUUGCUUGAUGAUAAAUUUAUCAAUUCGUACAAAACAGAGCUGAAUGCUCUAAAAAAAUUGUAAUCAGCUUAAAAUAAAUCAACUUUGAAUGAUAUUUGUUAUUAAGCUGAUAUAGAGAAUGCAAAUUUGGUUGGAUUGUUAUCAAAAAGAUCUAUGUCUUUUGAUCAAGAAAUGUGCUUUUUAAAAGAAUAAAAUAGCUCAGUUAAUUGUCAAGAUCAUCAGGUUAAUGCAAAAUCCAAUAUUAUCCAAUUUGUAAAGAGCAUUGACAACUACCCAUUUUAGUUCAAUAAUAAAACUUACUCUUGCCAUGCAUUAUUUAUUGAGUAUGCAAAAAAUGGCUGUCUAGGAAGUUACUUAGAGAGCCCAAAGCUAACUUUUUUACCCAUUAACAUUCUGCGUAGAAUAGCCAAACAGCUUUUUUAAGGUAUACAAGAAAUGCAUUCAGCGCAUUUAGUUCAUAGAGAUAUCAAAGAAGACAAUAUUGUUUUUGGGGAAGGAUAUACUCUUAAAUUAAUAGAUCUUUCAUUCGCUGGACGUAAUGAUGAUGAAGUAUGUGGUACACAAAAAUAUAUAUCACCUGAAAUACUAAAAAAGGAGGUUCAAAUGUUAAACUGUAGCUCUUCAUAAAGUAAUUCAGUAUAGUAAGAAUAAAAAGUCUAACAAAAAGAAUUGAAGUUUUAGAGAUUUGCUAAAAUAGAUACUUUCGCUGCUGGUGUAGUCCUGUUUAGACUGGCAACUAAGAUUUACCCCUUUGGAUCUGCAAGUUAAUUUGAUUAUAAGUAUAAGUAUAUUGUAAGCAAGCAAUAUGACCAAUUUUGGUCAAAUGUCAAAUUCAUAGUUAGCAGUGUAAAUGAAAACAAUCCUGAUACUCAAUUCAAUCAUUUCUUAUAAAAUCGUAUAUAAGAGGAGACUUUAUAAGAUUUAGAUACAAGCUCUAAUAGUUAUGAUAGUAAUUCAGAAGCAGAAGAUAACUAGGAAGAAAAUGAAAAUCAAAGCAGCAGCAGUUAAUCUAAUUAAGAAAACCAAACUGAAAGUUAAAGCUCCUAUAACAGAAAAAAGUCAAAUAUUACAAACCGUAGCUCUAAAAAGUUAUUAUCUUACAUAAAAAGUAAGAGAGCGGUGAGCUAAGUUAAUUUUUUUUUGACUCCUAAUGAAUAAGCUUUCUUUUAGUAGUUAAUGAGCGAAUAAGAUUUAAAUAGUAUUGCUUUAUCAAACUAAGAAAUAAAUGAGAGCUAUUAAUAAAACAUUAAAGAACAGAUUGAAUAGCUAAAAGAUUUGAUCUAAAACCUCCUCUCUUAUGAAAUAGAUUCGAGGUAUGGAAUCUAAGAAGCUCUUAAUCACCCUUUCUUCACUUAAUUCCCAAAUAGCUAUGCAAGUACAAAAGAUUUGGAAUAAUUUUUCUCUGUCUUUAAUUCGUGA